GGGUGGCCGGGGUUCCUUUUGUGCCCCAGAAUGCCAAGGUGGUGCUGGUGGUCAGCUGCUGCAGUCCCGUUCUUGCUGUUGCCUGCAGUUCUGUGGCUUCUGCAAGACGCCGGCCCAGAGCAAGAGGGGGAAGAACCAGCCCGGUCUGAAGCAGGCAGCAUUGCUGCCCAGCCGUCAAAUCAAGGCACAGCCAGGAGGAGGCGCUAUGCAAUUAACCCACUAGGCUACAAAUGGGACCAUGUGAAUCUGACUUAUAAGAUUCUGCAGUUCCCCAGCACCCUCAACAAGGCCGACACUGAGAGAGCCAUCGCCAGCGCCUUCCGCAUGUGGAGUGACGUUUCGCCACUCAGCUUCCGACGCCUGGCCCCUUCCCAGCCGGCAGACAUCACUAUCGGUUUCUACACUUUCAACCACACCGACUGCUGGUUCUCCCCCUUACAUCCUUGCUUCGAUGGGCUGAAUGGGGAGCUGGCUCAUGCUUUCCUCCCUCCCCGUGGUGAGAUCCACUUCGAUAACCAUGAAUUUUGGAUCCUGGGCCGCUCACGCUUUAGUUGGAAACAAGGCGUGUGGUUGAAUGACCUGGUGCAGGUAGCAGCUCAUGAGAUUGGCCAUGCCCUGGGUCUGUGGCACUCCCGUGAUGUCCGAGCCCUCAUGCACCCCAAUGCCACCUACAGCAGGACGUGGCGCAUUGGCCAGGAUGAUGUCUGGGCCAUCCAGCGGCUGUACGGCUGCUUGGAUGAGAAGAGGCAGUGCCAGCCAUGGGCACAGCAGGGCUUCUGCACCCGCCAACGAGCCUUUAUGAAGAGGCACUGCCCCAAGACCUGCAACGCUUGCUUCGAGCAUUCUGCUACCGCCUCGUCGUCCUCCUCACCUCCCCGGCCUUCUCUUGUGCAGACCAGAUACAUCUCCAAGGGCAGGGUCAUCACCUUCCGUUGUGGGCUGAACUCUUCCAGGUCAAUCCAAGUGAGCUGGUAUAAAGAUGGGGAGCUGCUGUCCCGUUCCCUCCCAGGCUUCGAGCUGCUUCCCAGCCAGGACCUGCGUGUCGUUGCUACCGAGUUCAGCGAAGGGCGGUAUGCCUGUGUGAUCCGACGUGGCACCAGAACACUCCGGGUUAAUUCCUGGCAGAUCAAGCUCAAGGCCCAGCGGCUCCUGCACCCCAUGCAGCGGCCACAUAGGGACACACAUUUGACUGUACAGACUGAAACAACAUCAUAGGAGAUGUAUUUAAGAGUCCCAGACAGCCUCUCAUUGAGGGUAGGGUGUGGUGUACGUC